AUGAGUUAUAAAACCAACUAUGAGCUCUACUCUCGUGGAAGCAUCGAUAGCAGACGGUCACCACCACCAUCAGAUGAGCUUCUCUCACCGUUAGCAACGCUCUACCCGCAUGUUGCCGCCCUGCAGCCACAGUACAAUCCUAGCAACUGCACCUUCACCGGUUACCGAGAAACGGGGUAUUGGGCUGCAGCCUACACUACACAGCCUGUGGAUGAUUCCUCCAUAUCCAUGCGUCGCCAUGAUGGAAGACCCUGUCGAUUUGUCUCUAGAAUACGCCGACUCCUCAGUCGAGAUGAUUUAAAAUAUCGUCGAGGGUCGAGGGCGACGGCACGAACUGCAUGA